CGAUAUCCGAUUACACUCUCGCCACUGAAGCGCGAAGCUGUCUGACAGCCUUCGGCGAACCAGUUUAAAUCGAUGCUGUCGGGUCCGCAUUCGCGGCAGUCUAGAAUCUGCUUUCAAGAGAGGAACAGAUCACUAUCGCACAAUGGAAAAGUGGAACGGAAAAGUUGCCCUAGUAACGGGGGCCAGUUCGGGAAUCGGUCGCGAUGUGGCAUUGGCACUGGCGGAUGCCGGUAUGCUUGUUGUUGGCAUUGCACGCCGUGUGGAGCUGAUCGAAAUACUGGCGAACAAGAUCACCGGAAGUGGUAAAAUUUUCCCCAGAAAGUGCGACGUCUCACAGGAACCCGAACUGCUGGAAACGUUCGAGUGGAUUCGGAAAACACUGGGUGGUGUUGAUGUGCUGAUUUGCAACGCCGGCGUGUUUCGGUGUAAUUUUGUGACGCAGAGCGAUACUGCGGAUUUUCGUGACACUUUCAACGUGAAUGUAGUGGCAACAUGCGUUUGCAUUCGGGAAGCGGUGAAAAAUAUGAAGGAACGUUCCGUUCCCGGACAUAUUUUCAUCGUCAACAGCAUUCUGGGGAAACGCAUCCCGGAUGUUUCGGUGCCGAUGUUUGGCACGUAUCCUGCGUCUAAGUUUGCCCUUACCGGACUAGCGGAAGUGAUUCGCAAGGAGUUGAUAUACUUUAAAUUACCGAUCAGGUUAACCAGCAUCCAUCCGGGAAUGGUUCAAACUGAUAUGAUUAAGGUGUUUGAUUCGGCCUUGGCUCUGCGAUUGCCCAAACUAGAGGUCUUUGACAUAACGGCUAACAUUCUACAUUGCCUGGGAACGCCGCUGGAUGUUCACAUCGAUGAGUUGACUAUCAUGCCUGCCAUGGUACCGCUCCAAUAAAAAUGAUCAUUCCUUCAUAGCUUUUCUGGCAACAGUAGAAUUUAGAAAUGCCAAUAUUGUGUUGAUAAACAGUACAGCAGAAUGUUCCUUCAUAAACUAACAAUAAAAAUAAACGAAAUCAUUUCACGAAUAUAGUAA